GGCCGGGGAAGCACCGCUACCCAAGGGCCGAGGCAUCUAGUCGAGACAUUGGUUCAUCAGACGGGGGCCAUGUAUCUACGUCUAAACAUCUUGGUCUCCAGUUUGCAUUCUCACCAAUUCGAGCCUGGCUGAACUGACCACCCACGCCUUACCUCACUGUUCACCCAUCCUCCUCCCAGACAUCCGCCACUAUGAAAGGCAUACAGAUCACCGAAUAUGUCAAGGGCCCAGAAGACCUUAAAGUCCUCAAUCUCCCCACUCCGACCCCAAAGCCAGACGAAUACCUGAUCGCCAUCCACGCCUCUGCGACCAACUUCUUCGACCUGCUGCAGAUUCGCGGCAAAUACCAGAACCAGCCGCCCUUUCCCUGGAUCGCUGGUUCCGAGUUCUCAGGCGUCGUCCUCAAGGCCCCGUCUUCACUGCCAGGUGGCAAGACGCCCAAGUUCCAGGAAGGCGACAAGGUGUUUGGCGCUAGUCAGGGAGGCUACGCGACGCAUGUUGUGGCUACCGAGGAACGACUGAAGGGUGUGCCCGAGGGAUGGAGUUAUGAAGAUGCCGCAGGCAUGUUUGUUACCGCACCGACUAGUUAUGCGGGCUUGGUUGUUAGAGCCGGGAUAAAGAAGGGCGACUGGGUCCUCAUUCAUGCUGCCGCCGGCGGCGUCGGCCUGGCAGCGGUUCAAAUCGCCAAGGCAUUUGGCGCAACUGUCGUCGCAACAGCCGGCACACAGCACAAGCAAGACGUAGCUCGCUCCUUUGGCGCCGACUACACUGUCGACUAUCGCCAAUCUGACUGGCCGGAGCAAGUGAAGAAGCUUACACCAAAAGGCCGUGGUGUAGACAUUGUCUACGACCCCGUAGGUCUAAUCGCUCAAUCCAUGAAGUGCACUGCUUGGAACGGCCGCCUUCUCGUCAUCGGGUUUGCAGCCGGCAACAUCGAGAAGAUGGCAACGAAUCGAAUCUUGUUGAAAAAUGUUAGUGUGGUGGGGUUGCAUUGGGGUGCGUAUGCGCUGAACGAGCCGGAGAUGCAGGACCAGGUGUGGGAUGGCAUAUUCGCCUUGGUCAAGGAGGGCAAGUAUAGAGGCACUGCCUUUACGGAUCGCGAAUUUGUGGGCUUGGAGAGCGUGCCCGCUGCAUUAAAGGCCCUCGGUGGGAGGGGCAGUUGGGGCAAGGUGGUUGUCAAGGUGCCGCAUGAGGGCCAGAGCAAGAUUUAGAUGUUGAAAAGGCGAUAAUAAAGGUUCCAAACUGCUUUAUGGGUAUCCUGAUGUUGGUAAUGAGCGCGUAUCACUAGAGAAGCCCUACUCCACUAUUGUCGCUGAGACGUUCAAACAAUGUGGUGAGCAUCAGGUGCUUAUAAACACAGAGGACGAUACAAUUGCC